AUGACCCGAUUGCCCACAGACCCGGCGGCGAAUCUGGCCGCGCUGAUCCAAUGCCCGUCCGUGACCCCGGACGAUGCCGGCGCGCUCGACGCACUGAGCGCGAUGCUGGCGCCGCUCGACUUCGUCUGCGACCGGCCGGUGUUUUCCGAGCCGGGCACGCCGGACAUCGACAAUCUCUAUGCGCGGCGCUCGGGCAACGGCCCGCAUCUGAUGUUUGCCGGUCACACCGACGUGGUUCCGCCGGGCGAUCCGGACGCCUGGACCCACGAUCCGUUUGGCGCAUCUGUAUCGGGGGGCGCCAUGUAUGGGCGCGGCGCCGUCGACAUGAAGGGCGGCAUCGCCUGUUUCGUCGCCGCCCUUGCCCGGGUUGUCGAAAGCGGGCGGCCGGUGCCGGGUUCGGUGUCGCUUCUGAUCACCGGCGACGAGGAAGGGCCGGCCAUCAACGGCUCGGUCAAGCUGCUCAAAUGGGCGGCCGAGAAGGGCGAAAGCUGGGACGCGUGCCUUCUGGGCGAGCCGACCAAUCCCGAUGCGAUGGGCGACAUGAUCAAGAUCGGCCGGCGCGGAUCGCUGUCCGGCACGAUCAUUGUCGAGGGGACGCAAGGGCAUGUCGCCUAUCCGCAUCUGGCCGACAAUCCGGUGCGCUCCAUCGUCGCCUUGUGCGCGGCGCUGAACGCGACGCCGCUCGAUGCGGGCACCGACGAUUUCCAGCCAUCCAAUCUCGAAGUGACGACGAUCGAUACGGCCAAUCCGGCGGUCAAUGUGAUUCCGGCGCGCGCGUCGGCCAGCUUCAAUGUUCGGUUCAACGACAGUUGGACGGAAGAGACACUGAAGGCGGAAAUCAUGGCGCGGCUCGCGCGCGGCGCCGCGUCCGGCCGCGACGAUCGCCCGCCGGCGCGUUUUGGCGUCGAUUGGAAAGAACCGGUGAGCCAGGUUUUCCUGACCCGCAACGAAGCCCUGACCGGGGCGCUGGCCGCCAGCGUGACCGCGGUGACCGGGCGCGAUCCCGUUCUUUCGACCUCCGGCGGCACGUCCGAUGCGCGGUUCAUCAAGGAUUACUGCCCGGUGGUCGAAUUCGGCCUCGUAGGCAAGACCAUGCACAUGGUCGACGAGCAUGUCGCGCUUGCGGAUCUGGAAACACUGACGGCGAUCUAUGCCGACUUCAUCAUCCGCUGGUUUGCGGGAAAAGCGGGCCGAUGA